GAGCCCAAAGAAAAAUCAUAAGUUGAUUUCUAUGUUCAUCUAAGCAAAUUAGUCAUGUCGUUCACUAUAUCUCCAAACUCCCAUCCUAAAACAUGGCAAUUUACCAAUUCAUCAACCUUACAAUUCUUUCCUCUUCCAACUAAAAUCAAAGCACUUCCCUCAAUAAUUCCCAAAGCAUAUAAUGGAGAUGAUAAUUCAACAGAAUCAGCAGCAGGAAAAAUCAAACGUAUGGUUCUUAGUCAAGAGGGAAGAACCAAACUUAACAUUUUACCGGACAGGGAAUUCUAUGCCUACCCAAGAUUUGUGACACACGUUGAUGAUCGUUUCAUUUCCUCUUUAACAAAUCUUUACAGGGAACGCUUGAGACCCGAGUUUGAGAUUCUUGACCUCAUGAGCUCAUGGGUCAGUCAUUUACCACAAGAGGUGAAGUAUAAAAAGGUGGUGGGGCAUGGACUUAAUGCUCAAGAGCUGGCCAAGAAUCCCAGAUUGGACUAUUUCAUUGUGAAGGAUUUGAAUCAAGAUCAGAAACUUGAGUUUGAAAAUUGUAGUUUUGAUGCUGUAUUGUGUACAGUCAGUGUGCAAUAUCUUCAACAGCCUGAGAAGGUGUUUGCGGAGGUAUUUCGUGUUCUAAAACCAGGAGGAGUUUUUAUUGUAAGUUUCAGUAACAGACUGUUCUAUGAGAAAGCAAUUAGUGCAUGGAGGGACAAUACAGGAUAUGGUAAGGUGCAACUUGUGGUGCAAUAUUUCCAGUGUGUUCAAGGAUUUACGCAGCCAGAGGUGAUACGCAAAUUACCAACUGGAAAAGAUGGUGCGGCUCCACAAAAUAAAUCGCCUUUGAAUUGGAUAAUGCAAUUAAUGGGGUUGUUAUCAGCUUCAUCUGAUCCUUUUUACGCAGUUGUAGCUUACAGAAACAUCAAACCAAUUGACGAAUGAAUAAUUUGUAUUCAAAUGUAAAGCUCCAAAGUACAAUAGCUUAAUGUCACGAUCCAAAAUCCAACCA